AUGUUGGUCGUUGUAAUUCCAAUUCCGGAACUCUUGAAACUGAAGCUCAGCCGGAGAAAGAAGGUGCUCCUGGUCGCCAUUUUCGGCGUCGGUGCAGUUACUGUUGUCAUCUCGUGCAUUCGACUCUGGGCGCUGGCGACGUACGACACUGAGGUCAAUCCCAUGUACAACAACGUCCUCUCUGGGGUAUGCCAAAUAGUACCGCAAGUCUUCGGGACAACUCAGCGCGACUCCCGCUUGUAUGGGGAUGCUGGGACGCCCAACGCAUACGGGCGUAGCGGAAGGAAGAGAAACGCGACGCAUGCCAACAUGUUCGAUAUGUCAAUAGUCAAGACUGUUGAUAUGACCGUGGAAGCUCAACGCGCAUCCGAUGAAGAGGUCCGCUUGAUUGUGCUUCAACAGAACGAGAAGGUUGCGCAGAGCUCAACGGGUAGUGCUGAUGGUAUCUGGGAGACACCAAUGCAGCCGCCGGAUCACAUCUAUGACGGCCGUUCGUAG